AUGAUGCUCCUUGGGGUGCGGCUUCUCGGCUUCCUGCUCUGCUGCCUGUGCCUUUCUCUGCUCCAGCGGUGUAAGGGCAGCCCGGGCCCGCAGCUGCUGGCGCAUGGGGACACCAACUAUGGGGACCUCAAGGAUGAAGGUCACUAUCUGUACUUGGAGAAGGAUGCAGCACUCCUGGGGACCGGGCUGUGCCACACAGGCACCAAGGAGGAGGGCUUUGCCCAGGAUGCCAGGACGAGCCCACCCGUGGCCGUGGUCAACUGGACAGCUCAGCUCGUGGAGGAGACGUACACCAACAUCACGCAGCAGUGCUGGGAGUUCUUCGUCGACCUGAUGAGGAACGUGAGGGUGCCGGAGCUGUGCGAGUGGAAAGUCAUCAGCAGACCCUACAGCCUGCUGCGGGCCUGCCUGGAGGCCUGGGCUGACCGCCUGCACUACGGCUACCCCAACGCCCUGGCAGAGCAGUACAUCUUCCAGAGCCACCACCGCUACUUCCACAACUGCACCCUGGAGCACCAGGUCUACUUCGACCCGCCCGAGGACGUGCUGCUGGCCAUGAUCAUUGCCCCCAUCUGCCUUAUCCCGUUCCUGGUCACCCUGGUGAUCUGGCGCAGCAAGGACGGAAAGGCCCAGCCCUAG